AGAACGCAUCCUUCCAGGCAAAAGGAUAUCCUUUUUUCUGUACUCUGGAGUCUUACGGCUUUCGUUAGAAAAGUACUUAGACCUUGCAGUCAAACUCCUUUGCAUCAUGAAGCUUGUCCGAUUUCUUAUGAAAUGCGCGAAUGAAACGGUCACAAUCGAACUAAAGAAUGGCACAAUACUACAUGGAACGAUUGCGUCUGUUUCUCCACAAAUGAACACUGCCCUCCGCACGGUAAAGAUGACGCCCAAAGGCCGCGAGCCGAUAUCCCUCGACACAAUCAACAUCCGCGGUUCUACGAUUCGAUAUUUCAUUCUCCCAGAUAGUCUACCGUUGGAUACCCUCCUUAUAGAUGAUACUCCGAAACCCAAGAAUAAAGCGAAGAAAGAAACGGAUCGUGGACGUGGACGAGGCGGUCCGAGAGGUAGGGGUGGCAGAGGGAGAGGGCGCGGCAGGGGUCGUGGUUUCUAA